AGCAUUCAGUACGAUCCGUUGACGGUUACUAAAACAACACCUGACUUCGACAGCUCGAGAACGUGGAGAAGCCUUCGACUAAUUUGAAAAAGAUAACAAAUCGGUGCCAAAACAAAUAAUUACGAAUACAAUUGAAAUCUCUUCUGAAUUGUCAACGAAUUGAAACUUAAACGCAAAAUGCAGUUCCAACUCAUCGUAGCCUCGCUGUUGAUCUGUUUUGUAGCAUGCAUCUCAGCUGGCAAUAUGCCUGACUACAUCCAGGUGUGCCAUCGCAACGAUCCCGAACUGUCGAAGUGCCUGAAGAGCAGUGUUCACAACUUGCGACCCUAUCUGGCAAAGGGCAUUAAGGAACUGAACGUACCGCCGCUAGAGCCCCUCUACAUUGGAGAUCUGAGCAUUCUGGAUGGAUCCGCCGGGCUCACGGUGAAAGCCAAGAAGCUGAACAUCCUGGGCGCCUCCAACUUUGAGAUCACCAAGCUGCGGGCUUCAACCCAAAACCGACGCUUUGACUUCGAGUUGAUUCUGCCCCAUCUCCAUGGCGAUGGGCUCUACGAGAUCAAUGGCAACAUUCUGGCACUGCCGAUCAAGGGCAAUGGACCGUUCACUGGAAACUUCACCAACUUCGUGGCUUAUGUGCGCGUCCAGUACGACAUAAAGAGUGUUAAUGAUCUGGAAUACCUGCAUGUCAAGGAGUUCGUCCUGAAGAUCCGCACUGGCAAGGGAAACCUGAAGCUGGAGAACCUCUUCAACGGAGACAAGGUUCUGGGCGAUGUCAUCAAUGACACGAUCAACCAAAACUUCGAGGUCUUCACCAACGACUUGAUCGCACCGAUUGCCCGCGCCCUGGAGGCCAAGUUUCUGGUCAUCACGACCAAAAUCCUUGAGAACUUCACCUACAGCGAGCUUUUCCCCGUCUAAUACUGUUGCUAACUGUAGUUAGGCUAAAUCUAAGCUU